GAAAGAGAGCUAUAGAGAGAGAGAGAGAGAGAGAGAGAGAGAGAGAGAGAGAGAGAGGAGAAUUUACUACUGUGAUUCUUUCUUUUCUGGUUCUCCAUUCACACACAACCUCUGUCAUUGAUCAGUCACAGAAAAAGAAAAGACUCAGGUUCAGUCCGGUUCCACUUUCUAGAGAGAGAGAGAGAGAGAGAGAGAGAGAAACUGAUUGCUGACUAAAACCAAGGGUUCUCUACACAUACUUUACACAUUGAUAUAAACAUAUUCUGAUCCUCAUUCGUGUAAUAUUGUGCUGGGAGAUUAUCGAGCACCGAUGCCGGAUAAUCGCACGGUUGAGAGCAAUGGCGUCCUGUCCAAAUCGUCCAGCCGAUCAGUCGAAGAGGCCGUUCAAAGGUUGAAAAUUCAGACAACUGAUGAUGAGGAUAGUGGUGUGGUGGCUAAUUCUUUCCACUACCCAGAUCGGCCGGGGGAACCAAAUUGCAUGUACUACAUGAGAAAUGGGCUGUGUGGUUAUGGAAGCAAGUGUAGAUUUAAUCACCCUGUUUAUGCUGGGCAGGGUGGUCAGCAGACUCAGCGCAGAGGUGAACUGCCAGAAAGAGUCGGGCAACCUGUCUGUGGGCAUUAUCUUAAGACAGGAACCUGCAAAUAUGGACCGGCAUGUAAAUAUCAUCACCCACGGGACAAGAAUGGUGUAGGACCUGUCCAAUUGAAUAGCUUGGGCUUACCAAUGCGUCAGGAAGGAAAUGCAUGUCCCCAUUACAUGAGAACUGGAUCGUGUAAGUUUGGAGUUGCAUGCAAGUUUCAUCAUCCUCAGCCUGCAAGUGCUGGAACUUUUUCUCCCGUUUCUGGACCUGCUGUUUAUGGCUUUCCAAGCUCAUCAGUUCCGACUUCAUCUGGUUUGCAUUUUGGGGGAGGAGCUCCAACAAUGUCCUUACCAAGAGUACCGUAUCUAUCUGGUCCCUUUGCUCAAGGGCCCCAGGCAUACAUACCUGUUGUUUUGUCUCCCUCUGAAGGCAUUGCUGCACAUGGAUGGAACACUUACUUGGGUGAGGCAGCUUUCGGUGGCCUGGUGCAAUCGUCUACAAUCAUUUCUUAUCUACCUGAGAGACCCGACCAACCAGAAUGCCGUCGUUUUAUGAGCACUGGAAGCUGCAAAUAUGGGUCUGAUUGCAAGUACCAUCAUCCAAGAGAGAGAAUUGCUCAAUGGACAACUAAUUCCUUAGGCCCGCUUGGGCUUCCAUCGAGACCUGGGCUACCAGUUUGUUCAUACUACAGCUUUUAUGGACUCUGCGAAUACGGCCCAACAUGCAAAUAUGACCACCCUCUGACAGGAUAUUCUUACAACUCUGAUUUGAAUUUUCCAGCUCUCCCUGUUUUUUAUCCGCCUGUCUUCCCAUAUCAGAGGAAUAUGCCGACGGUCCUCUCAUUGGAGCAAUCUCCCCCUAAAUUAGCUAGUAUUAGUGACUGGGUCAAUAAACCUGAGGCUGAAGUCAACGAAAAUCCGAAACUGGAUACCGAAACUCCUGAAAAUGCAUCAGACCAUGCUAUUUCUCCUCAACUACCCUUGUCAGAUUCUUCAGAACUUUCGCAUGAACAAUCGGAUUAAUUUAAUUCUCUUCCUCUCUUUUGUCUCGGGUUCACAUUUUGCUGCUGAGUUUCAGUCAGACAAACGAAUUCGAAGACUUGUGCCUCCAGGUCCCCCUUUCACCUGCAGUUAUGUGGAAAUGGAUAUUGUUGUUUAUCGUUCGAUAGAGGAAAAAGCUGGGGGAUUUGGAAGGGCACUUUUUUGUGUUGAAUAAAGUGCAGGUGAAGAGUUGUAACGUUUGAAUGUUUUUUCGCCGAAAAUUGUUCUCGUUUCGGCAGAUGCUGUUUGCUGUGUAAUUUCGCUUAAGUAGCUGUUUAUUCGAAUGCCAAAUUUUGUGUGUGCA